GCGGCUGACCAUCCCGUGCCCACAGGCCGAGGAUGCAGCGCUGGAAGGCGGCGGCCCUGGCCUCGGUGUUCUGCAGCUCCGUGCUAUCCAUCUGGAUGUGUCGGGAAGGCCUGCUGCUCAGCCACCACCUGGGACCCGCGCUGGCCCCGCUGCGCCGCCCGCCUCGCACCCUGGACGCCCGGAUCGCCCGCCUGGCCCAGUACCGUGCGCUGCUGCAGGGAGCCCCGGACGCGGUGGAGCUGCGCGAGCUGACGCCCUGGGCCGGCCGGGCCCCGGGUCCGCGCCGUCGUGCAGGGCCCCGGCGGCGACGUGCGCGUGCGCGACCGGGAACGCGACCAUGCGGGCUGCGCGAGCUCGAGGUGCGCGUGAGCGAGCUGGGCCUGGGCUACGCGUCGGACGAGACGGUGCUGUUCCGCUACUGCGCAGGCGCGUGCGAGGCGGCUGCGCGCGUCUACGACCUGGGACUGAGGCGCCUGCGCCAGCAGAGGCGGGUGCGGAGGGAGCGGGUGCGCGCCCAGCCCUGCUGCCGCCCGACGGCCUACGAGGACGAGGUGUCUUUCCUGGACGUGCACAGCCGCUACCACACGGUGCGCGAGCUGUCGGCGCGCGAGUGCGCCUGCGUGUGACCCUACCUCAUCUGGCCGGCGAAUGGGCGCCCAAGCCCUCCCUCCCCGACGGCACCCAGCGGCCCGCAGGGAAACAGACUGCACGUGC